GCAAAUGUAUAGAAACUGAAAAAGCCCUAUUGAAAGAUGAGGUCAAACAAUAUAAGAUGAAAGAAUUGCGUCAGCUGCAAGACACUGCAGAAUUGAAAGAAGAAAAUCUCUCCUUACAGAAGCAAAUUUCCUGUUUGAAGGAGACCCAGAUGGAGUAUGAAGGCUUAAGACGUGAAGUUCAGAGAAGAGAUGAAGAAAUUGAGCUUAGAAACAGUCGUCUGGCUGAAGUUACUCGACAGAAGGAGAUCUCUGACCAUCAUCUAGAGGAGGCCUUGGAAACCCUCCAGAGUGAACGAGAACAAAAAAAUGAGCUGCGCAGGGUUCUGUCUGGGUAUAUCAACACCUAUGAUUCUUUAGGGGCUCUGCCGACAAAUUUUGAUGACCUGAAUCAGUGUAAUGAUGACGGCCUGGGCAUUGGCUACAACAAUCAAAUCUUCAGGAACCGCCGAGAAAACAUGAUGUCCAUGCCUCAAAAUAGCAACAGCUCCAGGCCCCAGCCUGGUUUAGUGUGUGAUCUUUUGAGUGAGCUCAGUUUAUCAGAGAUUCAGAAACUGAACCAGCAGCUUCUGCAGGUUGAUCAUGAAAAGUCAUCGCUAUUAAGUAGUAUAAAAGAGUUGCAGACACAGCUUGAUAGUACGAAGGAUGCUCUGUCCAAACAGCAGGCUCAAAAUAACUACCUUCUUGAGCAAAUCCAGGCUUUAAACAAACGAUACGGCAGUAAUGAACUGGGUUUGCUCUUUGGAAAAGAUGGAGAGAAGAGCGGUGGCAGUGAACCCCAUGGCCUGGAACAUAGAUGUGCGGCAUCAAACUGUUCCCAAGUAGCCAGGCUGAAGACGGAACUUCAGGAGCUGAAUCAGAAAUACCAGGAUUUUGAAGCCAAGUACAAGCAGGAUACGGAGGCCUGGCAAGAAGAGUCUCAAAACCUAACAGAGAAGAUAAGAUUCUGGGCCAAAUCAGGUAAGCAGAAGCAAGAGAUCAUUACUAAUCUAGAGAAUGAGCUUCAGGCUUCAAGGAAACGGUCAUCAGAAUUUCAGAGCAAACUGACCCUAGCCCAGGAGGAGCUGCAGGUGAUUGCUGAAGAUCUGGCUAACAUGUAUCGCCGAGUUUGUGUCUGCAACAAUCUCUUACCUGAUCGUGGUCUAUUGGAUGGCUAUAAAGAUGGCCAAGGGGCCCCUGUCCAUACCUGCAAAAGGCAUGCCAAUGAUGUCGUGACCAAUGUGCGUAUGUGCCGAAGCCAGUCUAAUGAUCUCUUUGUGAAAGUCUUGUUUAGCCCUGAGUCAAGCACCGUGAAAAGUGGCAGCAGCAACCAGUCUGUUAGUGAUUCUCCUUGUGAAUCUGAUGGAGAAGAGUAUGACAAGGAACCUGAGAGUCUUUCCAACCAAAUUUCCAUUAUUGGAAGCCAGGUGAAGCAACUCCAGACAGCCCUGGCGAUCUCAUUGCGCAACAAGUCCCUCGAAGCCAUGUCAACAGAGUUGAAGGAUAAAAACGCUCUUGUUGAUGAAAUAAUGAAACUGAAGUCUCUGUUGAACACCCAAAGAGAGCAAAUAGCAACUCUGAGGACUGUCUUGAAGGCCAACAAGCAGGCUGCUGAAGGUGCCCUUUCCAACAUGAAACGCAAAUAUGAAGAUGAGAAGCUUGUGGUGUCAGACACCAUGAGUAAAUUAAGGCAUGAGCUGAAAGUUCUGAAAGAAGAUGCUGCUACUUUUUCCUCCCUUCGGGCGGUGUUUGCCAGCAGGUGUGAUGAGUAUGUUUUGCAGCUUGGUGAAAUACAGCAACAGCUUGCCGCUGCAGAAGAUGAAAAGAAGACAUUGAAAUCUUUGCUGAGCCUAGCGAUUCAGCAGAAACGGGCACUGACCCAGCGCUUGGAGGCACUGGAAACGCAGUCCACUGUGCCGCUGAACAGCCGAGCAAAGCUUGUUUCUGACCCUAAAGGGAGACCUUUCAAAAGUAACUGGUGAAAAAUGAAUAGCAUAAAGAAAGAAGACCUCCCCUUUUUCCAGCAAAGGGGAAGCAACAGUGUUGACAAGCAAACGGAUCUGCACAGGACUGGCAUUAACAUUGAGAUCAUCCAACUUAUCAGCUUUAAAUGGUUGUCCAAGAGUGUUUGAUGUCUUUUGGGAAGAUAUUCAAUGUGUUAUUUCAGUUACAGUAAAAAAAUAUAUCUAUAAUUGUUUUGAAAAUGCAGGCCAUUUAAAAUUGAUGCUUGAGAUUGUGUUGUGUUUAAGAGCUACAUUCUGCUGAUAUAUCAGUGGGCCUGCAUUUCUAGUUUUGAGUAGUAUUGUCCUGUGACUCCUUUGUGAAGAGUACCAUAUUCCCUGUUCCCGUGUUCAUGUGUGAGCCUGUCUCUUCAGAAAAUGUUAAAAAAAAUACUGAACCUUGAUGUUGCUCCUCUCCUAUGACUAAUUGCUGUUGGCUUUCAAGUCCAUUUCAAGCAAGACACAAAACCUUGCAUGUUUUAUGUUUACAAGUUAGUUUCUGUAUAAUUGGACAUACACUUGGUGCUAUUUGUACGGUGUUAGAAAUUGUCUGCAAAAGUAGUUUCUAUCAGUGUACGAGUGUACUGUGUACUGUUUUAAACUUUAAGAAAUGUAUUUGUGCAAAUCCUAAAUGGAAUGGAUUAUUCUAGGGGUAUUCAGGCAAAGAGCUGUCAUCUAAGGCCCCUGAAUAAGUGACAAGUAUUUGGGAUGCUUGGUAAUGCUGGAACUUGCUUAGAUUCUUGGGUAUAGGGGACCUUCUUGGAAAGGGAAGGUUCCAAAUGCAUGACUCUUUCUAGGUGAAAGCCAUCUGAAGCCCAAAGAGGGUAGAUCCUUAAAUUCAAGGAUUAGUCAAGUAACCCUGGUAAGGGGCUGCUUUAUGCAGACUCAGAAUUGUAUAGUUUUUUGUGGAAAGGUCUCUGGUUUUUUUCCUCCUCCAAUCCAGUCCCUUUAAGGUUGGGAAUUAGCCACCCACUGUUCUUAAUGGGAUUCUUUAGAUUCUGCCUGUAUCUUCUCUUGGGGAAAAAAAAGGUAAAUGAUGGGACAUUGAAUUCUUGCAGAGGAUGUUAUUUUGGUAACCCACUUUUAAAGCAUCUUUAAUAAGAGGAAACCCUUUCCUCUUCCUUUUCCUUCUUAAAGCGCAUGCUGGGUAUAGACUGAACACCUCAGGAGAGUUGGUGACUUGAAGGGUGGGUAUAGACUGAACACCUCAGGAGAGUUGGUGACUUGAAGGGUGGGUAUAGAAUGAACACCUCAGGAGAGUUGGUGACUUGAAGGGUGGGUGGUGCUGUUAACCACACACCCCCAAACGCUUAGUAUUACUUUGUGAGCCUUAGAGUAUUUUCAGUACCAGAAUGUGUUCUUGCCAGACUGCCAGCUGGCUACAAGGGGUACGGAAAGCUCUCUCUAACUAGAUCAGCCUGGCAAGAGAUAAGAGAAUAGUUUAAAUGGAAUGAAAGUAUAUCUACAUAUAUUUUUAAUGGAAAUAUUCAAAUAUCUAUUGUACUCUGUAUGAAGUAACACUCUCCAAAUCUCCCCUCUCAAUAUAAUGCAUGUUGAAGAGUCUUUUGUGUUAAGAAUGAAACUCAUAAAUAAAUUGUGUUAGUUGUCUGCA